CUUGUUGCUUGUAGUUGCAAUGAAAAAUUCAUAGUGUGGUUUAACCUUCUUGAAAUAUUGAUUUGCUACUAGAGAAGUCGUUGCUAAUAAAACGUAUGUAAUGUAUAUUCAUCAAAACAUCAAAAAAAUUGUGUCGAACUGAAAAUCAGUUGUUUUUAGUCGAGAAAGAGAGAAAAAAAGAGUGAGAAGAGAGAGAGAGGUUUGGAGAGGAGAGGAGAGAGGUUAUCAUGGCUAGCUGGAAGGAGAUAUUGGAAAGAAAUAUCAACAUGCAGAAGGCUAUUUUAAGCUCCUUCGAUGCGAUCUCAGAUGUCUUAAAAAAGAAUAUGAUAUGUGGCAAAGCUGGCGUCGCCCUUCCAUUAUCACAAUUGCUGAAUGAUGUUGAAACAGCAGCAUUGGAAGAAAACGAAGCGCAAACUAAUUUGCUAGAAGAGGAAGACGAAAUCUGGCUUGGCGAACCUUCAGCUCAUUUGAACCACGUGUCGGCUUAUCAUCAGGUGGUGCGUGAACAGAUGCAGUCGAUUGUGGAGACGUUACAGUCGCAACAUAAAAAGGUUGUUGAUCAACUCGACGAGGAAAGACAUAAACAUGCAGCCGACACGGCACAAGGUGAUGACGUCACGUAUAUGUUGGAAAAGGAAAGGGAACGAUUACAACUACAGGUUGAAGCUGAACAGGUAAAAUAUGAAAAAUUAGAAAAAGAGCGAGACGCAUUGUUGAAGGUAAUCGAGACCGAACGCCGCGAACAAUACAACACGUUUAAUAGUCUGAUGAACGAUUGUAAAGCGUUUGCGCUGCAGUUGGUCCAGCAGACGACGAAACUGGAGAAAUACCAAAAAGACAUUGACAAAGAGAAACAAAAAAACAAAGUGCUUAGCGAACUGAUGGUCAACGAGACGCAAAAGUUUAAAGACAGAUUGAAACUUUACGAGGACGAAGUGAACGAUUUUCACGUGUUAGAACAAAAGAAAGCCGACCUAGAGGUUAAGCUGCAGCACACCGAGAAAGAAUGCAAAGAAACUUACCGACAUCUUAACGAAGAACGAAUUAAAAACGGAAAGCUUAGGUAUCAAUUAAACCAGUUACGUAAGCAGCUACCAGACUCGGCGUACGACUUUGAUGACGGUGGCGAGGACGUGUUGUUAGUACAGGAUCAAAUCGAAAUUCCGUUUAGGCAAGCGCGAACUUCGGCAAUACAGUUAAGCAACGAGUCCGACCGAGAAUCUCCCGAACCUUCGUCGAUGGUCCCACCGGGAGUGGCUGUGCAAUCUGCAAAAGUUGCGACAGUGCAAAAGUCGUCGUCUGUAAAACAAAAUAAAGUUCUUUCGCCGCACGGAAAGCAAGGACUUGUCGUCUCUGUAAAUAGUCUGAAUCAAAAUCCCAAUUUUAACUCGUACGCCGACAAUCACAAAAGACAUUCUUUCGAAGAGCGAACGUACUCCCGUGAUUAUGGAAGUGAGGAUGGAGCGAAACGAAACUCUUACGAAGGUACUAUUAAUCAUGUCAAUUAUGAAGGAGUCGAGACCGCUCAACUAAGGACUACUAAUACUAUGAGAUAUAAACAUAACUCGUACGAGGAAGUGCGCAACGUAGGCUCUCCUUCGUUGACGUUAAAACGAAAUUCCUACGAAGGCGAUACUAAAAAGGUAGCUCCUGCGCCCCCUAGACGCGGGUCCAGUUUAAAGACUCCGGACAAACCACCGGUGGUGAAAAUACCGCAGCAACUGCAACCUAGAAAAACGAAUCAAUCAAACAGUUUAACCUACGCUCAAUCUAGAGCUGGAUCUGCAGAUGAAACUGUUCCUCUUAUGUUGGUGGUUGUAUGUGCGUACGGAAGCGAGUUAAGACAAGACGCAGAAGAAGAAAUGGAUUUUCUCUCUUUGAUCCACGUGACGUUGUCGUGUUCGUGGUAUGAAUUAACUUGUUUAAUUAACGAAGCGUUCGAGAAAGAAUCUUUAGUUCGAAUGAACGAAGAUGAAGAUCCAUCAAGCGAUAGCAUAGCUUCGUAUGAGUAUAAUAACGUAUUGUGGACAAUGCUCGACUACCCUACUGUUAGCCUGUACAACAUGUUAUCGCUUGCACCAACAUCCCAUGUUAUCAUCAGAAUAAAAGGUAUCGUAGAAAAUUGCUUCGACGAUCUUUCUUAUUCCACUAUGAUAUCAAAUCAAGCUUUGGAAGAAAGCAUUCGAAUUAUCUAUCAAGAAAAGAAGUUGAUGUUGACAGUAAAUGAAGAAAGAGAAGGAGAACACUUUACCUCAUGUAUUUCUCAGUGGAUCCAGAGGAAAGAGGAACAAAAGGACAUACGCUGCAACGUAAUCAAAGUUAACCAUGCCGAAAAUAGAAAUGUUUCAAAUCUUAUUAACACCUUACGUAGAUAUGGUAUUUUACAAGACACCGAACAAGAAGAUUUAAAAGAAAGGUUUAUAUUAAUUUUAAAUGUGGAUUACAUGGAGAGAGAAGGGUUCACCUCAGUGGUUUUGGACCUACUGACGCACAGUCCUGAGAAGAAGACGUCAUUGAGUGUGAAUGGCUACCACGAGGAGGAGUGUCAUUGUCUUCAUAAGGAUGUGUUUGUAAUGGCGUACGUGACUAGUGACAGAGUGAAUACUUUAACACAAUCUUCAUACCGCUUAUUUAAAAUCAUUUCUCUACCAUUACUUCUUCCUGGAUUGGUACACAGAUGGUUGAGGGAGAAAAUCAUUCAGCAUUCUGCAAAAACAGCUGAUAAAAUGGAGAUGAAUGACACAGUAAAAUGGCUAUCAAAUGUUUAUCACAGUUUACAUAAAAGUUUUUUCAAGAUAGAGUUGGCGCAUAAAUUACCUGAUAUUAGCGUCUACAUCGAUGCGCCCAUAUCCGACCGUGCGGAGCUUCUAGAGUGGACAAAGCAGCUAUGGACUGAAAGUAUCGUCCCGUGUGUUGAAGACAGCGUGAGGAAGCGAACUGGUGGAGUUGCUGGUUCACAACAACAAAUUCUUAUCAAAGCGACAUUGAAAACGCUUUAUGAGAGAGGUAAAGAACAGGAAUUAGUAAUCUUAUGUGGAGGUCAUGUGACUUGUCGAAAGCGAAUCCUCCACUCUUAGUAGUCAUGUGAGAACUUUUCUGUGAAUCAAUGUCUAGAUCGAUUCGACGAUUCGUGGAACGGAAUAUUGGCAUUGAUGUUACUUUGUAUGUAAGCAUCUCUCUGAGGAGCAUAUUGGUCUGGCAAGCUAGAUCAAUUUUCCAGAGUUCGCGCUAAAGGCCUCUUAACAUAGCUAGAGAACCAAUGUGUUCAUAUCAUUGGUUACGUUUUUUCAUCAAUAAAAUCCGAUAUAGCGUUAUUUAUUACGUUUUGCUUUAUGUGACAUUGAAUAUUGCAUGUAUGUUUUCCCAGUUUUAGAGCAAUUUUGUGAAAAGAACUUAUUUAAUGCUAUAUCGUUCAGCUACCAAAAUGUUUUAUGAAGUAUAGUGACCAUUCUGUGUUACUGUACCUUUAUUUGCAGCGUUUAUACUGUGAAUUCUCAUAAUCUUUUGAGAAAAAAUAAGUACAAGUGAAAAUAUAUUUUUGUAUGCCUGGCUUGUGUGUAAUGAUGUUUAUUUAUAUCAACGUUUCGUUCUUGUUGUUAUGGCAACAAGGACUUCAACGUCACGUGACAAGAUUAUUUAUGCUAAUGUAUAUACCAGUCAUUUAUUUUUAUACGUUAUUUUUGUACUUAAAUUUUCGGCCAGAAUAGAAUUAGAUAAGAAACAA